GGGCUGCUUUAGGGGAAAUAUCAGGCCUGCCUGCUGCUGGCUGGGAGAUUUUUGCUGGGAAAGGAGGCACCUUAUGGCUCGUGUCCCUGGUCUCUUGGCGGGCCUAGGCAACAGCAAUCUUUGCAGAACUUCCUGUUGCCUAGGGGAGGUUGCUUUAGACUGGACAGCUGGUGCCUGCAUCCGCGUCCUCCUGGAAGUGCAGGCAUUUGGGGUUUCACCGCUUAGGUGGGAAGGAAACGUCCAGAACAUCGUGAAGUGGAGGCAGCUGGAGCACAGGGGCCCAUACUUCACCCCUGCCUACGAGCCCCUUCCUGACAGCGUACACUUCUUCUAUGACGGAAAGCCAGUGAAGUUGAGCUUGGCAGCAGAGGAGGUCGCCACUCUGUAUGGGAAAAUGCUGCACCUGGAGUGUACGACCAAGGAAGUCUUCCGGAGGAACUUCUUCAGCGACUGGCGGAAGGAGAUGACAGCUGAGGAGAGAGAGCUUAUCACACGCCUUGACAAAUGCGACUUUGCGGAGAUCCACAAGCACUUCGUGGAAAGAGCUGAGGCCCGCAGGAGCCUGCCCAAAGAGCAGAAGCAGAAGCUAAAAGAAGAGGCCGAAAAGCUUCAGCAGGAGUUUGGCUACUGUAUUCUAGAUGGCCACAGAGAAAAGAUAGGCAAUUUCAAGAUGGAGCCGCCUGGCUUGUUCCGUGGCCGAGGUGAGCAUCCCAAGAUGGGGGUGCUGAAGAGGAGAGUUAGGCCGGAGGAUGUGAUCAUCAACUGUGGCAGGGAUUCCAAGAUCCCCGAGCCCCCAGCCGGUCACCAGUGGAAAGAAGUGCGUUCAGAUAAUACAGUCACGUGGCUGGCUGCGUGGAUGGAGAAUAUCCAGAAUACCUUCAAGUACGUCAUGCUGAACCCCAGCUCCAAGCUGAAGGGGGAGAUGGAUUGGCACAAGUAUGAGGUUGCACGGCGCUUGAGGAGAGUUGUCGACAAGAUCCGUGCUCAGUAUCGGGCUGACUGGGAAUCCCCAGAAACGAAGAAAAGACAGCUGGCUGUGGCCCUUUAUUUUAUUGAUAAGCUGGCGCUGCGAACAGGAAAUGAGAAGGAAGAGGGUGAGACAGCUGACACCGUGGGCUGCUGCUCGCUCCGUGUGGAGCAUGUCCGGCUGCAUGAAAAGGCAGAUGGCCAAGAACAUAUUGUGGAGCUGGUCUUCUUGGGAAAGGAUUCCAUCCGCUAUAAUAACCGUGUGACGGUGGAGAAGCUUGUGUUCCAGAACCUUCAGCACUUCAUGGAGGACAAAGACCCUGGGGACAACCUCUUUGAUGCACUGAGUACGGCCAGUCUGAACAAGCACUUGCAGGACUCGAUGGAGGGGCUGACAGCCAAGGUGUUCCGGACCUACAAUGCCUCCGUCACUCUGCAGGAGCAGCUGCGGGCGCUGACCAGGGCUGAAGACAGCCUGACCUCCAAAAUCUCAGCUUACAACCGGGCGAACCGGGCUGUGGCCAUCCUCUGUAACCAUCGGAGAGCAAUCCCCAAGACCUUCGAGAAGUCAAUGCAGAAACUCCAGGAAAAGAUUGAGAUAAAGGAGGCGCAGGUGACCGAGGCGCAGGCGGAGCUGGAGAGGGCGAAGGCUGACCUUAGGACGCAUGGGGAGAGCAAGUCCAAAAGUCUGCUGCAGAAGCAGCAGCGGCUGCUGAAGCUGGAGGGACAGCUGGCCCGACUGCGCGCGAAGGCCACAGACAAGGAGGAGAACAAGCAGGUGGCCCUGGGCACCGCUAAGCUCAAUUAUCUGGACCCCAGGAUCAGCAUUGCCUGGUGUAAGAGGUUUGGAGUACCGAUAGAGAAGAUCUACAGCAAGACCCAGAGAGAGAGGUUCGCCUGGGCCUUCGACCGGGCAGGCGAAGACUUUGAAUUCUAAACAGCCCUUUGCCACUUUCUCACUGUGAAACAAUACUGUAGUUUUCUAUAAUAAAAUGCUUGAGAAAUGG